AUGUAUCCUUUUGAGAAAUUAUUCAUAAAGUUAAAGUAAAGUAAAUUAUUAUUUCCUAGAUCGUAAUUUAACAGCCUUUAAAAAUUGUUGAAUUAAAUUGAUUUGAAAAAGAAAGAUUUUCUUGUGUAGUCAAAAGCAAAAGUUUAUUUUAGACUAGAAGUAUUUGUCCAAUCAAAUCCUAUUUAUUUAUUUGGAAGAGAUUUUCUAUUUAUAUAAAAAAUAAUACUCUAUCUAUCUACUCCUCUAAAUUCGUUUACAUAUAGCUUAGCACCUCCUGAAAAAAUCCAUUAUUCUACCACAUCUAAGCUUUAAAAUUUUAUUUAAUACAAAUACUCUUAUUUUUCAUCAUCUAAUUGUUAAUAUCUUCCUUUUAAUUGUAUGUUGUUAACAUUUUUUAAAGGUGGUUAGUUUGGGGAAAAAUAAUUCAUUUUUAAAUUCACUUAAUUAUUUACAGGAUCAUUAAUUCCAACCCAGCCAUAAACAUUUAACUUAUCUCCACUAUCAAAUAGAUUAUUAACUCCAAGAAUACCACUUAAUCCUAAUUUCUUUUUUUACUUUUUAGAUAAAAAGCCAAAAUCUUUAAAAAAUAUUAGUUUUCCUUUGCUGAAAUAAUUGUCAUCAAAUUUUAUUUAUACAGAAUUAACUAAUUGCUAUAAAGGAUUUGUUUAUAUAUAUUUGUCUUGUUCAUAUCUCUAUUUUUAUAUUGAGGUUUUCAAAUCUUCGAAGCUGCCUUAAAAUAAACUAAUAUCUAAUUUUUUAUCAAAAUAUUCUCUCCAUAAGUUAUAUUUCUAGAGAUUUUAUGAUAUCCCAAAUCUAUUCAAUAAGUUUUUUUUAUCCUAUAUGUGA